GAUAAAUAAUUUGAGACGGUGGGAGUAUUUACUUGGAAAAAAAAAGAGCUACUUUUGUUAAAACCCCUUUUAGGCCUCCUUUUAGGAAUUCCAUGCAACCCCUUUCUGCACAGUAACCACUGAACCAGAAGACAGCCAGCCAGCCACCCCCGCUCAGAGAGCACUAAUGUUCCAUAAAAUGGAGAGCGUUACCAAUGUCAUGGAGUAUGAGAUCCUCGCAAAGGAGAAAUUACCCAAAAUGAUAUAUGACUAUUAUGCCUCUGGUGCAGAGGACGAAUGGACACUCCAAGAGAAUCGAAAUGCUUUCUCUAGGAUUUUGUUUAGGCCCCGCAUUCUUAUAGAUGUAAGCAACAUUGAUACAAGCACAAGUGUCUUGGGAUUUAAGAUUUCAAUGCCCAUCAUGGUUGCACCGACUGCAAUGCAGAAAAUGGCUCAUCCUGAAGGAGAAUAUGCAACAGCGAGAGCGACAUCAGCAGCUGGCACCAUCAUGACAUUAUCCUCAUGGGCUACUUCCAGUGUAGAAGAGGUUGCUUCAACCGGACCGGGCAUUCACUUUUUCCAGCUCUAUGUGUAUAAAGACAGGAAUAUUGUUCGGCAACUCGUGAAAAAAGCGGAAAAGGCAGGUUUUAAGGCAAUUGCCCUUACUGUGGAUACUCCAAGACUUGGUCGUAGGGAAGCUGAUAUUAAGAACAGGUUUGUUUUACCAUCUCACCUGACACUGAAGAACUUUGAUGGACUGGAUCUUGGAAAGAUAGAUAAGACUGAUGACUCUGGACUUGCUUCAUAUGUUGCCGGGCAAGUUGAUCGGUCUCUUAGCUGGAAGGAUGUGAAAUGGCUUCAGACAAUAACACACUUGCCAAUCCUACUGAAGGGUAUCUUAACUGCAGAAGAUGCAAGGCUAGCUGUAGAAGCUGGAGCAGCUGGUAUUAUUGUGUCUAACCAUGGGGCUCGCCAACUUGAUUAUGCUCCCGCAACAAUUAUGGCCUUGGAAGAGGUCGUCAAAGCAGUCCACGGAAGAAUUCCUGUUUUUCUUGACGGUGGAAUUCGCCGUGGGACAGAUGUCUUUAAAGCACUGGCUCUUGGAGCAUCUGGUGUAUUUAUUGGAAGACCGGUUGUGUUUUCAUUGGCUGUUGAUGGAGAGGUAGGUGUUAGGAAAGUACUUCAGAUGCUUCAUGAUGAGUUUGAACUGACAAUGGCGUUAAGUGGUUGUCGCUCAAUCAAGGAAAUCACUCGUAGUCAUAUCACGACUCCUUGGGAUCCCCCUCGCAUCACACCCCGGUUAUAAGCUAAUCUCUCAGCUUCAUGCGCGCAACCCAUACUUGUUAAAAAAAUAAAGUUGGCCCCUAUGAGAAUAAUGACCAUCAGUUCAUCCUCUUUUAUCACAGAGAAAAAAGAAAGAUACAGAUUUCAUGUAGCACUUUCUGAAUGAAAAUCUAUUGCAUUUAGCAACUUGAAAAUUGCAUCAGAAGAAGAUACUUGGUUCAGAUUACAGCAGCAAGAGAAGUUAUUAGGCAGUUCUGGGAAACGCGUAUCUUGCAAAAUGUAGCCUCUGAACUCUCUUUGCUAGCUGUUCCAUUGAUACUUUGUUUUCAUGUAAGGCAACACAUCAUCUUUAUCAUAUUGAAUUGAUACCA